CUCGUCCUUUCCUUAUCUCCCGUUCUAAGUGAGAAGUUGUGCUCCGCGCUGCUCCGGUCAAAAUGGAGGCUUUUACAAGUAGUUGACGUUGACUUCGUCCCCUUCUGCUCUCUGCUCAUCUCUAGGGUUUACCAAUUUCCAUCUUUUUUUUAUUUUCGUGUGUGUGGAUUUCGCUGAAAGGAGACAUUAUGCAGAUCAUCUUAGGCAUUGGCGGCGUUACCAACGGUGGGAAGACCACUCUGACCAACAGAUUAAUAAAAUCUCUGCCCAACUGUUGCGUUGUGCAUCAAGAUGACUUCUUCAAGCCUCAGGACCAGAUCUCAGUGGAAGAUGGAUUUAAGCAGUAUGAUGUGAUAGGUGCUUUGGAUAUUGAAGCCAUGAUUGAAACCAUUGCGGCCUGGAAAAAGGAUCCUGUGAAGUUUGAGCGAUCCCAUGGUGUAAACAACAGUCUGGAUAGUGAGACCUCCGAAGGAACCAAGGAGCAGGAGUCUUUUCAUAUCCUGAUUGUGGAAGGUUUUCUUCUGUACACCUAUGAACCACUGAUUGAGUUAUUUACACACCGAUAUUUUAUUUCCAUACCCUACGAUGAAUGCAAGAAAAGAAGGAGUUCCAGAAAUUACACUGUUCCAGAUCCACCGGGACUUUUUGAUGGCCAUGUCUGGCCAAUGUAUGUGAAGCACACAAAUAUCAUGGAGGAAAUGAAUGUAAUUGUGGAACAACUUGAUGGGACAAGUACAAGGGAAGAAUUGUUUAACAGAGUGUAUGGAGAUGUGCUAAACCUGGUAAACUGCAAGCAUUAAGAAAAACACUUAAAACCUGUGGCCUUAACACCCGAAGAUGGCUUUUGGAUUUGACUUUAUACACCUGUGUUAUUCUUUGUGUCUGCAGUUUUUUUAAUGGCAUUAAGUUUUUUUUAAUCAUCAAUAAUUUUAUAAACUGACUUCAAGCAAAGCACUCCACUCUAAUAAACUAUUUCUUCUAAUCCA